AUGGUGGAGAUGUGGGAGGCUCAGUUCGUGGGCUUGCUGCUUCUGCAACUGCUGUGUGUGGCUCCAGCUUCAGGGCCUGAGGCAGAGGUCUCGGUCGUGUGGGCCGAGGAAGGGGCUCCUGCCCAGCUCCCCUGCAGCCCCACAAUCCCUCUCCAGGAUCUCAGCCUUUUGCGAAGAAGAGGGGUCACUUGGCAGCAUCAACCAGACAGUCCAGUCAGGAGAAGACAAAGAUGGCACCGGGCAGGGGAGGUGAAGACGCGGGAAGUGGAGGGACUCCUGGAGUGUGCAGGAGGUCGACUGAACUUGGGGAUUCAGGAGAGAAGAGGUGUGACUCUUAAGUCUCUGGCUGCUCUGGCAGGAGGCACCACCAUGAUCAUGGAUUUCGCUAUCCCUCAGAAAGGGGGUUCCCUCAUCGAGGCCUUCGAGACCUGGCGAAGCUGGGCUGAUCCCAAAGUCUGCUGUGACUACAGCCUUCACGUGGCAGUGACGUGGUGGAGUGACCAGGUUAAAGAAGAGAUGAAAAUCCUUACCCAAGAUAAAGGUGUUAACUCUUUCAAGACAUUUAUGGCGUACAAAGAUCUGUACAUGGUGAGGGACGCAGAACUGUAUGCCGCCUUCUCUCAGUGCAAGGAAAUUGGAGCAGUUGCUCAGGUCCAUGCAGAAAACGGAGACUUAAUUGCAGAGGGAGCAAAGAAGAUGUUGGCAUUGGGGAUAACAGGCCCCGAGGGCCACGAGCUGUGCCGCCCGGAAGCAGUGGAGGCCGAGGCCACGCUGAGAGCCGUCACCGUCUCCAGCGCCGUGAACGGCCCCCUGUACGUCGUGCACGUGAUGAGCAAGUCUGCGGCCAAGGUGAUAUCCGACGCGAGGAGAGACGCUUGUGGAGAGACUCCAGAACAAAUUAGAGCACCAAGGGGUAUAAUCACGAGCCCAGGCUGGCCUUCUGAAAAUCCUGCCAAAGUCAACUGUAGCUGGUUCAUAAGGGCAAACCCAGGGGAAAUCAUUACUAUAAGUUUUCAGGAUUUUGAUAUUCAAGGGUCCAGAAGAUGCAGUUUGGACUGGUUGACGAUAGAAACAUACAAGAAUAUUGAAAGUUACAGAGCUUGUGGUUCCACAAUUCCACCUCCAUAUAUCUCUUCACAAGAUCAUGUCUGGAUCAGGUUUCAUUCAGACAACAGCAUCUCUAGAAAGGGUUUCAGACUGGCAUAUUUUUCAGGGAAAUCUGAGGAACCAAACUGUGCUUGUGAUCAGUGUUGUGGUAACGGAAAUUGUAUACCAGAAGCCUGGAAAUGCAAUAACAUGGAUGAGUGUGGAGAUAGUUCCGAUGAAGAGAUCUGUGCCAAAGAAGCGAAUCCUCCAACAGCUGCUGCUUUUCAGCCCUGUGCUUACAACCAGUUCCAGUGUCUUUCCCGUUUCACCAAAGUUUACACUUGUCUCCCUGAAUCCUUAAAAUGUGAUGUGAACAUUGACUGCCUUGACCUAGGAGAUGAGAUAGACUGUGAUGUGCCAACUUGUGGGCAAUGGUUAAAAUAUUUUUAUGGUAUUUUCUAUUCUCCCAAUUAUCCACUUUUUUUAUUCCACUUUUAUCCUCCUGGAAGCAAUUGCUCUUGGUUAAUAGACACUGGUGAUCAUCGUAAAGUCAUUUUGAGCUUCACUGACUUUAAACUUGAUGGUACUGGUUAUGGUGACUAUGUCAAAAUAUAUGAUGGAUUAGAGGAAAAUCCACACAAGCUUUUGCGUGUGUUAACAACUGCUUUUGAUUCUCAUGCACCUCUUACAGUUGUUUCUUCUUCUGGACAGAUAAGGGUACAUUUUUGUGCCAAUAAAGUGAACACUGCAAGGGGAUUUAAUGCUACUUACCAGCUAGAUGGCUUCUGUUUGCCAUGGGAAAUACCCUGCGGAGGUAACUGGGGGUGUUAUACUGAGCAGCAGCGUUGUGAUGGAUAUUGGCAUUGCCCAAAUGGAAGGGAUGAAAUCAAUUGUACCAUGUGCCAUAAGGAAGAAUUUCCAUGUUCUCGAAAUGGCGUGUGUUAUCCUCGUUCUGAUCGCUGCAACUAUCAGAAUCAUUGCCCAAAUGGAUCAGAUGAAAAAAACUGCUUCUUUUGCCAGCCAGGAAAUUUUCAUUGUAAAAAUAAUCGUUGGUUUGAAAGCUGGGUAUGUGAUUCUCAAGAUGACUGUGGUGAUGUGAGCGAUGAGGAGAACUGCCCAGUAAUUGUGCCUACCAGAGUCACAACUGCAGCCGUCAUAGGGAGCCUUAUUUGUGGCUUGUUACUCGUCAUUGCACUGGGAUGUACUUGUCAGCUUUAUUCUCUGAGAAUGUUUGAAUGAAGGUCUUUUGAAACAUAGUUGUCAAGAGUGGAAGCAGAAUUGUUAAGAAGAGAAGCCCCUCCCUCUUAUGGACAAUUGAUCGCUCAGGGUUUAAUACCACCAGUUGAAGACUUUACUGUUUGUUCGCUUAAUCAGGUGUAUUAUCUUUUCUUUUCUGUUUUGGAAAAUCUGAGGCUAGCUGUACGAUCUCAGCUUGGAUUUACUUCAUUCAGGCUUCCUAUGGCAGGCAGAUCCAGCAACAUUUGGAAUCGUAUUUUUAAUUUUGCAAGAUCACGUCAUUUGGGGUCAUUGGCUUUGGUCUCAGCAGAUGGAUUUGAGGUUGUCCCUAGUCAGAGUACCAACAGAGAAUCUGAAAGAAGUCAUACUCACAGAAGUUUCUUUUCCUUGGAGUCUGAUGAUACAGACACAGAAAAUGAGAGAAGAGAUGCAGCAGGAGCAUCUGGUGGCGUUGCAGCUCCUUUGCCCCCAAAAGUCCCUCCCACAACAGCAGUAGAAGCAGCAACAGGAGCAUGUGGAAGUUCCUCAACCCAGACUACUCGAGGUGGUCAUGCGGAUAAUGGAAGGGAUGUGACAAGUGUGGAACCCCCAAGUGUGAGUCCAGCAAGUCACCAGCUUACAAGCGUGCUAAGUCGUGUGACUCGGGGGCUACGUUGUGUACGUUUUACAUUAACGCGAUCAAGCUCCAUAAAUCAGAACCAGAGUCCUUUGAGACAACUUGAUAAUGGGGUAAAUGGAAGAGAAGAAGAUGAUGAUGUUGAAAUGCAAAUUCCAGUUGCUGACGGAGCUUCAGACUUUGAUGUGAAUGACUGCUCCAGACCUCUUCUUGAUCUUGCCUCAGAUCAAGGACAAGGGUUUAGACAACAAUAUAGUGCAACAAACCCUGGAGUAAGGCCAAGUAAUCGAGAUGGCCCCUGUGAGCGCUGUGGAAUUGUCCACACUGCCCAGAUACCACACACUUGCUUAGAAGCAACUAUGAAAAAUGAAACGAGUGAUGAUGAGGCUUUGUUACUUUGUUAGGUACGAAUCACAUAAGGGAGAUUGUAUACAGGUUGGAGCAAUAUCCAUUCAUUUUUUUGUAACUUUACAAUUAAACUAGUUUUAGUUUAAAAAGAAAAAAGAU